AUGGCUGGUUCUACCAAUAAGAGGACCAUCGUCAUCGCGGUGGAUUUCGGUACCACAUACUCAGGGAUAGCUUGGGGUCAAAUGAGUAACCCAGAUACUCAUUACAUUAUCAAACAAUGGCCACAGAAUACUUCUGACACAUGUGAUGGGCUGACUAGUGAUAAGGUACCCAGCGAGGUCACCUAUGAGUACACCAAGUCUGGCAAGAAAUGUCUAUGGGGAUUUCAGUUUCUUGACAGCAUGCCUCGAAUCCAAUGGAUCAAGCUCGGCCUCGUUCCUGACGAAAAGCUUGGGAUAGGAUCUCGGUUGUCUUCAACGUACAGCGAUUGUCGUCGAAUUCCAGUCCCUUAUCAUUCAUCACCAGUAGAUGUUGUUACGGAUUACCUCCGCUGCCUCCGUGAACAUACUGUUGACAUUUUGAAGUUGAAGCUUGGUAGUUCACUGGACAGUACGAGCCUUGAAUUCGUCACCACAGUCCCCGCAAUUUGGUCAGACAAAGCAAAGAUGACGACAAUGUCCUGUGCAGAAAAGGCAGGUUUUGGAGAAGCUUCCAAAGUACGCAUAGUAUCCGAGCCUGAGGCUGCUGCUAUACAUUCUCUUCGUGCUUCUAGUCCCCAUGGACUGGAGGCCGGAGAUACCAUCGUUCUUUGUGACGCGGGAGGGGGCACUGUUGAUCUUAUCACUUUCACAAUCAUUGAGCUGUCACCUAAUAUGCGUCUAAAGGAGGAAGCACCCGGUACUGGAUCUUUGUGUGGCAGCACCUUUCUCAACAGACGCUUCGAAGAGUUGCUAAACGACCGCCUCUCCUCCCUCCCUGGAUGGGACAGGGAUACACUGGAUGAAGCAAUGCAUCGAUUUGAAACCGUUGCCAAAAGAACCUUCAGUGGCAAUGCAGAUGAUGACUUCAUGUUUCCUGUUCCAGGUAUAGCAGACAGCCAGGAAGUCGGGGUCCGUCGCGGCCGAUUCAGAGUUACUGGCCAAGAGAUGCAGCAACUGUUUUUGCCUAUUUUACGAGACAUUGGGGACCUUGUCCGAGAGCAAAUUGAGACGUCUAACGCUCAGGUCAAAGCAAUUUUCUUGGUUGGUGGGUUUGGACAGAGUUCAUACCUUCGCACAUAUCUUCGCGGCUGCUUUUCUCCUGAAGUCGAAGUAGUAGCUCCAGAUGACGGCUGGACUGCUGUUGUCAGAGGCGCAUUGACAAAGACUCUUGGGGAGAUAUCUGAUACAGAGAUAAAACCAUUCGUCGAUUCCCGCAAGGCAAGGGAAAACUAUGGAAUGAUUUACUCGACUACCUUCAAUGAUAAAGUGCAUGAUGCAAAGAAGAAAUACUGGAAUGCCAGAAAAGGAAAGUUCUGUAUCGACGUUAUGCAUUGGUUUGUUUCCAAGGGGGACGAUAUUGAAGAAGCGAAGGCUAUUAAGAUGAGAUGGUCUAAGCAUAAACUUGUUAAGGACGGCACAGUCGAUUCAAUUCGUGUCACUCUCUACAAGCUCGAUACUCCUAUGGGUGAGAAGCUACCUCUGUACUUCAAUCGCCACGUGAAGAAACAUGCCAAGUUGAAUCCAAUCCUCAGUCAAAUCGAACAGCAUCGCAUCCCAACUUGCCGUGGUGCAGAUGACGAGCUCUACUACGCGAUUGAUUUUCAGAUCCAUGCGGAGUACUAUUCCGCUCAUUGUGAACAUACGCUAUGGUAUGAAGGUCGCAACUACGGGAGUGUCAAAGCCGACUAUGUCUAA